ACCGGAGCACGCCCACUGUUGCACUCAUUGUUUACUUCCGGUAAAGAUUUAUUUCGCUAGCUGGCAGGUUCGCAACCAUAAUAAAAAUGCAGCAACGGGAAGAAAAAUUGCUGGAAGCAUCCGUGGAAUCGCUUAUUUCCCACGUAGCUCAUCUCAAAAAUGCUCUUCACAGUUUCAUCUACAAGUUGGAAAACGAGUAUGAACGACUGACAUGGCCCUCUGUGUUGGACAACUUUGCCCUCUUGUCCGGUCAGUUGAACACCAUCAAUAAACUGUUGAGGAAUGAGAAGACGCCAUCUUUCCGCCAGCAGAUCAUCAUCCCCCUGCUGUUGUCUCCAGACAGGGAUGAGGAAUUAGCUAAACUGACAGAGCAACGCGUGCCUGUGUUCAGCCAUGAGAUUGUGCCGGAUCACCUGCGCACCAAGCCUGAUCCUGAGGUGGAGGAGCAGGAGAAACAGCUGAGUGCGGAAGCUGCCCGGAUAGGACCUGAGGUGGCACAGAAACAAAUCCAGACACUGAACAAGCUAUGUUCAAAUCUACUGGAGAAACUGAACAAUCCUCGCGAUGACAGGGAUGCGGACAGUGCAGCUAUACGGCAGACCAAACCAUCUUUCAACCCUGCUGACACCAAUGCACUCGUAGCAGCGGUGGGAUUUGGGAAGGGGCUUUCGAAGUGCAGGCCCCCUGGGCCUGUGGCCCCGGGACACACAGGACAAGGGCCCAUGAUGAGCGGAGGUCCCACCUUACAGCAGGUCACCAUCGGUGGGGGUUCAGGCCAGCAGCAAGGCAUGGGGCCUGGUGCUCCUCAGCAGCAGGGACAGCCAGGGAAAAUGCCAAGCAACAUCAAGACAAACAUCAAGGCUGCCUCCUCAAUGCAUCCUUACAACCGAUAAGAUCCUCUCUCUAGCCCAUACUGAUAGAAAGCCUUUAGGAGGCCUGGAGAGUGAGUGAGUGAGUGAGUGCAAAGCAAUGCAAGUAUUCAUAUGAUAUAUGCUAUGUUAUCUUUUGAUUAAAUAAAUCAUUUUGAAAAGAAAGUA